AAGAAAUGAAAAAAAAAAAAAAGAGAGAAACUACAGCUCCCGGCGUGCAGCGCGGACAGGCCGGGUCACGUGUCCAAGGUGACGGGCGCGGCGCCGGGAUUGGUGAUUUCUGAAAGGUCGGGCUCAGGCGGCGGCGGUAAGAAAGAUGGAGGCCGCUCUCUUUAUCUUCUCCCUCAUUGACUGCUGCGCCCUCAUCUUCCUGGCGGUGUACUUCAUCAUCACCCUCUCAGAUUUAGAAUGUGACUACAUCAAUGCCCGGUCCUGCUGCUCCAAGCUAAAUAAGUGGGUGGUGCCGGAGCUCGUGGGUCACACGUUGGUGUCGGUAUUAAUGCUCGUGUCCUUGCACUGGUUCAUCUUCCUUCUGAAUCUCCCUGUAGCGGUGUGGAACAUCUACCGGUUCAUCAUGGUGCCAAGUGGAAAUCUGGGAGUCUUUGAUCCAACUGAGAUCCACAACCGGGGGCAACUAAAGUCGCACAUGAAAGAGGCCAUGAUAAAGCUGGGGUUCCAUCUACUGUGCUUCUUCAUUUACCUGUACAGUAUGAUUUUGGCCCUAAUAAACAACUGAGAUCACUUGACACAGAAAACGGCAGCGGACCAUUUGAAGGCGGAAGGAGCCAGAACGAACAAGAAAAGGCGAUGUCGUACACGGUGACGUGCAGAGUAUUUUUUUUCCCCCUUUUUUUCAUAUUGGAACUCCAUAUUUUUUUGCUGUAUUUUUUAACAUAAAUAUUUAAAAGAAAAAAAAAAAAAAAAAAAAAAGAAGAAACAAAAAGAAAAUUUACUGUUGUUGUUUUCUCGGGGGGUCGGCUUAGGAUGUGACAACUGAAGGGGCCUCGUGUACAAAAAGGAGUUAAGAGGAAGAAAAAAAAAGUAGCCAAUCAGAGCGCAGCUUCCACUGAUCUGAGAAAACGAAAGACGUGAUCUGACUGGUUGCUCUGGACGUGCGCUCGUUUUUCUUCUUACUCAUGAUGGCUUCUUCCAUCUCCCAGAUCUUCGCUCUCUGUUUUUUGCCAUUUUAAUCUAAAGCACUGAAAUACAUGAAUGAAGCACCAGCAUCCGGAAGGUUCUCUUGUUAGGUUGCACUAACUGGGGAAGUGAGAUUCGGGACCUAGAGAUGUUUACACACUUUUAUACCAACCUGUGGCUCUCCAGCUUAUGCAGAAUUGCAACUCCCAGCAUGCCCUGGCAGUUUUAAAUUGCUAAAUUACGAGCUGGAGGGCCACAGGUUGGACGGUGGAAGGUUGGUAAAGCAAUAGAACAAUGCUGCACUUUGUAAACCCUUCUUUCUUUGGAGCGGAUAUUGUCUGUGUAGAUUUCAGGGUUAUUAAAGGGGUACUCCGCUGCUGAGCGUUUAGAACUAACUGUUCCGAACGCUGGAGCCAGGAGCUUGUGACGCCAUAGCCCCGCCCCUCAAUGCAAGUCUAUGGGAGGGGGCGUGACAGUCGUCACGCCCCCCUCCCAUAGACUUGCAUUGAGGGGGCGGGGCAUGAUGUCAUGAGAGGGCGAGCUCCCGGCUCCAGCGUUCGGAACAAUUUGUUCCAAAUGCUGAGCCAGUGGAGUACCCCUUUAAGGUGAAUUUGUACUGUCGUGAUCCAAGUCGGGUCUUACUUGCUUUCCAUUAAAGAUGAUCUGUCAAUGGAUCCUG